CCAUGGCGCUGAGCAACUUCCUCUUCGCGCAGUGCACCUGCUACUUCCUCGCCUUCCUCUUCAGCUUCAUCGUGGUGGUGCCGCUGUCGGAGAACAGCAACGACUUCCACGGCCGCUGCCUGCUCUUCACCGAGGGCAUGUGGCUCAACGCCAACCUGACGGCCGAGCGGCAGCGCUUCACCGUGCAGGAGUGGGGGCCCGAGUCCGCCUGCCGAUUCAGCCUCUUCGCCGGCCUCCUCUCGCUGCUGCUCGCCGCAGUGCAGGCCUGGAGGACGCUCUUCUUCCUCUGCAAAGGCCACGAGGACUCUUUCUUUUACGCCUUCCUGAAUCUGCUCAUCAGCGCUUUUGUGGUUUUUGUCAUCUUUAUCGCCAGCACGAUCGUAAGCGUCGGCUUUAACAUGUGGUGCGACGCCAUCACCGAGAAAGGAAGCAUGCCCAACAGCUGUGAAGAAUUGCAGGAUAUAGAUCUUGAGCUGAAUUUAGAAAACUCAGCAUUCUAUGACCAGUUUGCCAUCACACAGUUUGGCCUCUGGGCUGCCUGGCUCACUUGGCUCGGAAUUACCAUUUUGGCCUUUCUGAAAGUUUACCAUAACUACCGGCAGGAGGACCUUGUGGAAAGCCUGAUUCAUGAGAAGGAGCUCUUGCUAGGAAGAUCCUCAUCACAAACUUCUUUCCAAGAGGAGAAAAGUGGCAUGAUCUAGUGGGCAGACAAGCCCGUCUACCUAGCAGGUUGUAGGGUUUUUUAAAAAAAAUAAAUAAAAAUAAUUAUAAUAAUUUGGCAGUUCUAGGUGGAGUUCAAGAAAAUGGUACUGGUUUUAAGAAAGGAAAGUGAAUCUGGAUCCUGUUAAGGAGACGGUGUCUGUAGACACAUCCCCAUUAGCAUUGACACAUAGGACUGGUUCACACGGGCAUGCCCAUCCCUCUCUCAUCAGCUGACCUUGAGGAAUCUCAGCCAAAUGUACAAACUCACUUGAAAAGAAUUGGGUUAUAUUGAAGGUCCAUCCCUGGGGAUUCAUUUAGGAUGGCCCAUUCGCACACAUGCAAACCAUCCUUUGAUGCCUGCAUGAACCAAUCCACAGACAGCAAGCUGUGUGCCACCACUUUGAAAUAGAUUCUCUUUCUUGGCUGUCAUGUUCCCUCUCCAGAUGUUUGACGAGAUAAGCCUGAGUCAUACACUCCUCCGCUCCAUCACAAAUAUAACGUCAUGCAUGAUGUGGGCUCUCAAUGCUGAUGUCCAGUUACCUUGGAUGCCCAGUUAUUCUUCCCCCUCAAAGAGGAGGAAUGAGGGUGAGAAUUAUCCAAACUGAGCACCCAUGGGAUUGGGGAAUCUGCAUUUAGUGCCUGCAUCAUAUGUGUGAUGUUAUCUUUUUGUUGAGUUUCUCCUCUCCCACCUGACGGCUCUUUCUGACCCAGUGAGUGGGUGGUCUGCAGUUUGCAACACUUGCAAACUCAUGCUCAAAAUGAACUGUUUUGUGACUCAGUUUCUGGAUGUGACCACCAGUGCUACCUUUUGGUAGACCCCACUGAUAAGCCUUAGAUCAGUGUCCUCUCCGGGCAUUGACGCACCCUUGUUGUGUGUGCCAAGUAGCCCAGCCAUGCGCCCUUGAAUGAAGAGUGCAACUGAAUCUUCGUAAUACCGCAGAAC